CUCCCCUCCACUCUCUCUUAGUUGAGACGUAGCCCGGCCUGUCAACUGUCCGUACUCUAGUUAGUCGUAAUACGUACGUCGUACGUCUUCAUGCACAUGUGCCGAACGCAACGAGACAUUUAAAUUUUGGGACGAACGUUCAGUGUCAGUGCGAUUGUGGAUUACCGGUGACGAAAUCAUGAGUGAAUAUUGUUGUGCGUGUUAGCGAUGCCCGAGAAAGAGGCGGACUUCCAGGCCGCCAUGUCAGCCGGUUUGCCGAUGCAGUUCCCGUCGGCGUUCGCCGCCUUCCACGCGCCGCUCCCCGUCGACCAGCGCACGCACGAGGGGCGGUACGUCUGGGACCCCAGGAUGCCGCCGCCCGGCGCACCCUUCCACCCCCCUGCUCCCCCAGGGAUAGCAUUUUUUUCAACUGAUGAAGGUUCUGUGGUCUUCAAUAAAGACUCUUCAUCAACGAAGUGCUCAGAACAAAUUCUGGUAACAUGUCAACCUUUGCUUAAGCUAAUCUGCCAAGAAGGCUAA